CUACAGACUCUGUGUAUCAUUUCAGGACACAUGCCGAACUAGAUAGGUAUCUGGAAGCAUCACAGAUUAGAGAGCGGGCAAUUGAAAGAAUCAAUAAUGUUACAGGAACGUAUGGUUUAGCUCUAGCAGCUUUUAUCCUCUAAGCUUGAUUUUGUCUCAUUUUCUGUAUUGGUUUAUUAUAUACUCUAGUUUCCCGCUGAUAAAUUGGUUUAUAUGUGAUAUUUUUAGUUUACUGGUGAUCAUUUCUUCUCAUUUGCUUCCAGCUAUAAUGAUUUGAGGCUGAGAAUAUUUUCAAAGUAUCCUCAUCUAUUUCCUGAAGAGGUGUUCAACAUGGAAACAUUUAGAUGGUCAUUUGGAAUUCUUUUCUCACGCUUGGUGAGGCUACCUUCAAUGGGCGGAAAGGUUGCCCUGGUUCCUUGGGCAGAUAUGCUUAACCAUAGUUGUGAGGUAGAAACAUUUUUGGAUUAUGAUAGCUCAUCAAAGGGUGUUGUCUUUCUAACAGAUCGAGCAUAUCAGCCAGGUGAACAGGUUUUUAUAUCAUAUGGAAAGAAAUCUAAUGGAGAGCUGUUGUUAUCUUAUGGUUUCGUUCCAAAUGAGGGCACUAAUCCUAGUGAUUCAGUAGAGUUACCAUUAUCACUUAAAAAAACUGACAAAUGUUACAAGGAGAAGUUGGAAGCUUUGAGCAAGCAUGGAUUUUCAGUAUCUGAGUGUUUUCCUUUACAAAUCACUGGUUGGCCGUUAGAAUUAAUGGCAUAUGCUUACUUGGCAGUCAGUCCUCCAAGCAUGAGUGGACAGUUUGAACAGAUGGCUGCUGCAGCAUCAAAUAAGACUUCCACCAAGAAGGGUAUAAGAUACCCUGAAAUUGAGGAACGAGCAUUGCAGUUCAUUUUGGAUAGUUGUGAAGCUAGUAUAGCAAAGUACUCAAAAUUUUUGCAGGCGAGUGGAUCCAUGGAUUUAGAUGUUACAUCUCCAAAGCAACUCAAUCGAAGAUUGUUUCUGAAACAGUUAGCAGUAGAUCUAUGUACAAGUGAGCAGAGAAUACUAUUCCGUGCCCAAUAUAUACUGAGAAGGAGAUUGAGGGACAUGAGGAGUGGUGAAUUGAGAGCCUUAAGGAUCUUUGAUGGACUGUGGGACAUUUUCAAUUGAUUAUUUCUUUAUCUGACCUGUUCUUUGGUUUUGAGCUGAACUGACUUCAAAUCUGGUGGACUUCUUCUGUACCAAAGACAUUCAACAGAGCCUAAAGUAGGAAAGACAUGCUGAUAUGCAGCAAUAUAUAGAUCUUGUAAUGUUGUUAUACUCACAAGUCAUGACUCCUAAAACAAGCAUCAUAGAAACUUCUAUCACGAUCCCACGCUGCAGCCUCGCAGUUAAGGCCACUAGUUAGUGGAGACCACCUCUAGUGGAUUGCAUGUUAGAGCUCCAAGGGAUCCCCUCCCCCAACCCACACUACACUUUAAUAUGUACUAGUUGCCUUCUCUAAAUGGAGAAAACUUCUAUUGCCAACUCCUAUUUAUUUGUUAAAAUUUCCUAUGAUGUUGUGUUGGUAGGAUCAGAACUCAUU